AUGGCCUGGGAGGCCGCAUACCUGCUCUCUGCAAUCCUGCUUCUGCUCCUGGCCUCAGGCUCCUGGGCACAGGACCCAGAGGUACUUCAAACACUGGAAGGCCAGACUGUUUCUGUGAAAUGCUCUUAUAAUCCUAGCUACAGCUUACACCAGAAGAUCUGGUGUAAACAAACAUCAGAAGGCACUUGUCAACCCUUAGUGUCGAGUGUCAGCACAGGUGCCGAGAAGCUAAGAUUCUCCAUCAAGAACUCCUCUUGGUUCAACUUCUUCACUGUCACCAUGACUGAGCUCAAGAUGAGCGACUCAGGCAUCUAUCACUGUGGGAUCACUGGAAAUAGCAGAGAGAUCACUAUUCUCAGAACUAUCUAUCUGGUGGUGUCAAAAGGUUUUUCAAAUAUGCCCACUCCUGACAUCAUUCCUACUACAAGGCUGAAUAAGGUUCCCAUCCCUAGUACCACAAAAUACUCACCCAGUGACACAACUACGACCCGAUCUGUACCCAAGUUCCCUGCUGUUGUUUCCCCUCCUGACCCUGGAGUCACCAACAUAAACGGGACAGUUCCUGGCAGAGUCUCCCUAUCCAUUGUUACUGUUCCCGUGGUCUGUGGACUCCUCAGCAAGAGCCUGGUCUUCACUGUCUUAUUCGUUGUCACACAGAGGUCAUUUGGAUGA